UUUUAGUAAUUGCUACAUGGGAGCUAGACGUUAAUGGAACGGAAUUAGCAGAUGCUUUUGUUAUGUGCGGGGUAAAUACUUUAAAAAAUGAUUUAAUAUUAUUUAUUAAAAAAGGUAUUAUACGGACUGGAGAAUGCAAAAGAUCGCGAGACAUUCAUCUCUUUUGCCUUUGAUUUGGAAAGAAAGAAUUUUAAAAAUAAAUACCUAAAUUAUUUAGUUAAUUAAAAAAUUUCAGAAAAUGAAAGUCUAUUCAUCGAUGUUCCUUGGUAGGUACAAUCCCUAUGAAGGUUUGACCCAGAUAAGCUACAACCCCACGGAUGAACGCAUUUACUUCUUUGACUCAGGAAAACUAUUAAGCGUAAAUGUAAGAAUGGAGCUCGAUUAUUAUGACGAACAGGAGGAAAUUUUGAUGCAAUAAAAGAAUUUGUCGAAAA